AUGGGUAAUCAACAAUCCAGCGCCGGGGGAGGCCCCGGUGGAGACGACAAGAACAAGAAAGACAAGAAGGACAAGCCCAAGUAUGAACCCCCACCGCAGCCCACCACCCGCAUUGGAAGGAAGAAGAAGAAGGCUGCUGGACCGAGUGCCGCUGCAAAACUACCCACCAUCUAUCCGACCGCACGAUGCAAGCUGAGAUACCUCCGGAUGCAGCGCAUCCACGACCACCUGUUGCUAGAGGAGGAAUACGUGGAGAACCAGGAACGCAUCCGGAAAGCAAAGGCUUCCAACACUACCCAGCCAGCCAGCGCUGGUGGAGACUCGGACGCCUUGGACCGGAAUGCCGAUGAGCGGUCGCGUGUAGACGACAUGCGUGGUAGUCCCAUGGGUGUCGGCAACCUGGAAGAGCUCAUCGAUGAUGAUCACGCGAUUGUGUCCAGCGCCACAGGCCCUGAAUACUACGUUUCCAUCAUGUCUUUUGUAGACAAGGAUCUGCUCGAGCCUGGAGCCAGCAUCUUGCUACAUCACAAGUCGGUAUCUGUGGUUGGUGUUUUGACGGACGACUCGGAUCCCCUCGUCUCUGUAAUGAAACUCGAUAAAGCCCCCACAGAAUCUUAUGCAGAUAUUGGUGGGUUGGAACAACAGAUACAAGAAGUUCGCGAAGCUGUGGAACUUCCUUUGUUGCACCCCGAGUUAUAUGAAGAGAUGGGUAUCAAGCCUCCCAAGGGUGUCAUUCUGUAUGGUGCUCCUGGUACUGGAAAAACUCUCCUGGCGAAGGCUGUCGCAAAUCAGACGAGUGCGACGUUCCUACGCAUUGUCGGAAGUGAGCUUAUCCAGAAAUAUCUUGGUGACGGUCCUCGAUUAGUGCGUCAGCUUUUCCAGGUCGCUGCUGAGAAUGCUCCCUCGAUCGUUUUCAUUGACGAGAUUGAUGCCAUCGGCACCAAACGUUACGAGUCGACGUCUGGAGGCGAACGAGAAAUUCAACGUACCAUGUUGGAGUUGCUGAAUCAGCUCGAUGGAUUCGAUGAUCGUGGCGAUGUCAAGGUUGUCAUGGCCACAAACAAGAUCGAGACUCUCGAUCCUGCCCUGAUCCGUCCUGGUCGUAUUGACAGAAAGAUUCUUUUCGAGAACCCAGACCAAACUACAAAGAAGAAGAUCUUCACUUUGCACACCUCAAAAAUGUCCCUCAAUGAAGAUGUAGAUCUCGAUGAAUUCAUCAGCCAAAAGGACGAUCUUUCCGGUGCGGAUAUCAAAGCUAUUUGCUCCGAGGCAGGUUUGAUGGCUCUGCGUGAGCGCAGGAUGCGGGUCAAUAUGGAGGACUUCCGUGCAGCGAGGGAGCGUGUGCUGAAGACCAAGAGUGAGGGUGAGCCUGAAGGCUUGUACUUGUGA